UAACCAUUAGAACUAAUGACAGUCACAAGAAUAGGGCGGGUCCUGAAAACAAGUUUUGAAUGGUGCCUCUGUGGGGAGGGAAUUCCCCAACCAGGGAACUGCCCCCAGAAUGCCCCCUCUUGAGCCAUUUUUCACCCAAAACAUGGAGGGUGGUGAAACUAGCAAGAGGGCUCCCUCUGCCACCAUUAACCUGAGACCCAGGAGGGCCUGUAGGGAAGGAAGCGGUUCUUCAGAUAUUUGGAGGCCUAAGUAAACUCCUCCUGUGAACAUCUUGAUUUGGGCCCAGAAGUGAACUGACCAACAAGGCAGCUGUUUUGAAAUAGGAAUUAAAUGUGUUUUCAAGAGGUGUUGUGGGGAUUUGGUGGGGAGGGGUAGACCUAUGGAUGCCACCUGGAUCUCCUUGGAGAAAAAAGCGGGAUAGAAAUGCCAUUAAUAAAUUUAAUUCUCCUGACGGUGUUUAAAUUUUACAACAGAAUAAUGUAUUUGCUUUGUAGGAUUUGCCAGCGCCUCUCAUUUGGAUGGACAGAACUUGACAGAGGACCAAGCAAUUCCUUCCGAUCUCUUGGAGGCUUCCUGAGAGCACAGAUGGAUGAGCAAGACUCAGCUGGCCCUGGAGCAGGAAGAGGCCCUGCCAUGGAAAUUGGGAGCAGUGGGGGAUUCUGGGAAUACCCUGAGCAUAAGAUCCUGGGAGAGGAGGACACCCUUCACUCAGAGGUGCAGAGCCAGCAGUUGAGGCAGUUCUGCUCCCAGGAGGCCAAAGGACCCCGUGAGGUUUGCCGCCGGUUCCUCCACCUUGACUGUCAGUGGCUGAAGCCAGAAAGGCACACGAAAGCUGAGAUGCUGGACCUGGUGAUCUUGGAGCAGUUCCUGGCUGUCCUUCCCCCGGAGAUGGAGAGCUGGGUGAGGGAAUGCGGAGCAGAGACCAGUUCCCAGGCGGUGGCCCUGGCCGAAGGUUUCCUCCUGAGUCAGGCGGAGGAGAGGAAGCAGGGGAAGGAUCUGUUUGCAGAAAUGGGUCCUGAUUCAUCUGAGGCAGAGAGGAUUCCAUUGGUUGCCAGGAAGUGGCUGCUGGGUGACGGAAGGAUGCCAGCAAGACUUCCUCAUCCUUCUUUCCAUGGUGGCAAAGUACAAGUAGCGGCUGUGGAGCCAGAUCAGGAUCAAGUGUGCUUUGAAGAUGUAGCUGUUCAUUUCACGGAGGAGGAGUGGGCGUUGCUGGAUCCUGACCAGAGAACUCUGCAUAAGGAAGUCAUGGGGGAGAAUUGUGGGAUCCUAGACUCUCUUGGUGGUGAUAAUUUGGAGAUUAAGAACAAAGGGGACAACGCCAAAAUCAAGAAAGUGGAAAUGCCACAUACAUAUUUGGAGGUGGCUGAGAGCUCCCAUUCCACUUCCCAUAAAAGAACCCCAGUGGGGAAGAAACCAUAUCAGUGCUUGGAAUGUGCAAAGAGUUUCAGUCAGAAGGCCAAGCUCACUUCCCAUCAAAGAAUUCACACAGGGGAGAAACCCUAUCAGUGCUUGGAAUGUGGACAGAGGUUCAGCCAGAAGGAUAGUCUCACUUCCCAUCGAAGAAUUCAUACAGGGGAAGAACCGUAUCAGUGCUUGGAAUGUGGAAAGAGCUUCAGUCAGAGAGCCCAUCUCACCGCCCAUCAAAGAAUUCAUACAGGGGAGAAACCCUAUCAGUGUCUGGAAUGUGGAAAGAGCUUCACCUGGAAGGUAAACCUCACAGCCCAUCAAAUAAUUCAUACAGGGGAGAAACCAUAUCAGUGCUCAGAAUGUGGAAAAAGCUUCAGUGGGAGGACCAAUUUUGUUGCUCAUCAAAGAAUUCAUACAGGAGAGAAACCAUAUCAGUGCUUGGAAUGUGGAAAGAGCUUCAUCUGGAAGAAAAAUUUCACUUAUCAUCAGAGAAUUCAUACAGGAGAGAAACCAUAUCAGUGCUCUGAAUGUGGAAAGAGGUUCAGUGCAAGGACUAAUCUCAUGGCCCAUCAAAGAAUUCAUACGGGAGAGAACCCAUAUCAGUGCUUGGAAUGUGGAAGGAAGUUCAGUCGGAAGGAAAGUCUCACUUCCCAUCAAAUAAUUCAUACAGGGAAGAAACCAUAUCAAUGCUCUGAAUGUGGAAAGAGCUUCACUCAGAAGAAAAGUUUCACUUCCCAUCAAAGAAUUCAUACAGGGGAGAAAGUAAAUCAGUGCUUGGAAUGUGGAAAGAGCUUCACUGAGAAGCAAAGUCUCACCUUACACCUAAGAAUUCAUAUUGGGGAGAAGCCAUAUCAGUGCUUGGAAUGUAGAAAGAGUUUCACUCAGAAGGGAAGUCUCACUUUACAUCAAAGAAUUCAUACAGGGGAGAAACCAUAUAAAUGCUUGGAAUGUGGAAAGAGUUUCACUCAGAAGGGAGGUCUCACUUCCCAUCAAAGAAUUCAUACAGGGGAGAAACCAUAUCAGUGCUUGGAAUGUGGAGAGGGCUUCACUUACAAGGAAAGUCUUACUUCCCAUCAAAGAAUUCACACAGGGAAGAAUCCAUAUCAGUGUUUGGAAUGUAGAAAGAGCUUCAGUCAAAUCUCCUCUCUCAAUUCCCAUCAAAGAAUUCAUACGGGGAAGAAACCAUAUCAGUGCUUUGAAUGUGGAAAGAACUUCAAUACGAGGGGCCACCUCAGUUCCCAUCAAAGAAUUCAUACAGGGGAGAAACCGUAUCAAUGCUUGGAAUGUGGAAAGAGCUUUACUUGGAAGAGUAAUCUCACUUCCCAUCAAAGAAUUCAUACAGGAGAGAAACCGUAUCAGUGCUUGGACUGUGGAAAGAACUUCACCCACAAGGAAAGUCUCACCUCCCAUCAAAGAAUUCAUACAAGGAAGAAACCGUAUCAGUGCAUCGAAUGUGGAAAGAGCUUCACUCAGCAGGAAAGUCUCACCUCCCAUCAAAGAAUUCAUACAGGGAAGAAACCAUAUCAGUGCAUCGAAUGUGGAAAAAGCUUCACUUGGAAGAAAAGUUUCACUUCCCAUCAAAGAAUUCAUACAGGGUAGAAACCAUAUCCGUGCAUCAAAUGUGGAAAGAAAUUCAGCGGUAGCUGUCAUCUCACUUCCCAUCAGAUAAUUCAUACAGGGAAGAAACCAUAUCAGUGCUUCGAAAGUGGAAAGAAAUUACCUGGAAGAAAAGUUUCACUUCCUAUCAAAGAAUUCAUAUAGAAAGUUUUGAUGGAGAAAACAGGGUUUCAAAUUGAAUGAAAAGUUAAAUACUUGGGUAUUACUAUGACAAAGAGAUUCAUCAAAGUUUUUAUGUCAAGGGAAAAAACCACGAGUCAAAAUGAAAAUAUUGCAAGAUGAGAAUGAAAGGGGAGGAUUGGGUUUAGCUGAUAUGAAAUUGGCCUUUGCAGCCCAUUGUUUAGUUUGGAUGAAGAAGAGAGUGACAUUGAGAAAUAAGAGACUUCUGGAAUUAGAAGGUCAUGAUUUAAAAGCAUGGAUAUUUGUGGUAUGAUAAGGUCAAAGUUAAUGUGGUUUUCAAAAACUAUUUAUUGAGACAUACCAUAUUGAGAAUUUGCAAUAGAUAUAAACCUAAGUUAUACGUGAAGAUACCUUUAUGGGUUUCAGUGCAAGAAGUGUUCAUAGAAAAAAGGCAGUAGGCAAAGAGAAAUGGUUAACUUAUCAGGAGUUGAAUAACUCCACUCUAAUGAGUCAAGGAGACUGUAAAAUUAAAACAAGGGAACAACAAGCAAGGGAAGUUUAUAGAUUCUAGUGGUUAUCUUAUUACAACUAACAAAGAUUUAAGUUGGAUAAAAAGACUUUGGGUACAGAAAAAAGACAGGUUUUGAAAUAUAAUUGUGUAUAGACAAA